CAUUGGUAAACAAAUCCUGCCGGUGUUUAUUUAAUCGACCGCAUUGUUUUAUUUCUUAGGAAAGUCUAGUUCUUGUGCUCAAAAUGGCAAAUAUUCUUCUUAGUGAGGCCGAAAAAACUUACAUUCUCCAUGGCGUACAGAAAAAUUACAGAAACGAUGCAAGAACGAAUCGAGACUAUCGCCCCAUGGAGCUAGAAACGGACAUUGUUGUUCAUGCGUCCGGCUCGGCUCGUUUGCGACUGGCCAACACAGACAUUUUGGUUGGCGUGAAAGCCGAAAUUGACACACCGCAUCCAGAUCGUCCGAACGAAGGAAAAAUUGACUUCUUCAUAGACUGCUCGGCGAACGCAACACCCCAGUUCGAAGGACGAGGCGGAGAACAGCUGGCAACGGAAAUUGCCAACACCCUCGCUAAAGCCUACGAGUCCCAGAAAGCGUUCGAUCUUUCUAGUCUCUGUAUUAUGGCCAAGCAUCAGUGCUGGAAGUUGUACGUGGACGUACUGGUACUGGAAUGCGGUGGCAAUCUUUUCGAUGCCGUAUCGCUAGCGGUAAAGGGUGCCCUGUACAACACGAGGAUCCCUCGAGUGUCGACGGCCAUGUUGGACGGUGGCUCGAUGGAUUUGAUACUUACCGACGAUCCGUACGAUUGUGAGCGGCUUGAUGUUUCUACUGCGCCACUUUUGGUAACGGUUUGCAAGAUUGGCGACCAGUGCGUUGUGGAUCCGUCCGCUGAGGAAGAAGAAUGCAGUGCAGUCAGUGUAGUGGUAGGCGUCACCAACCGUCCGGAUGGAAAGCGAUGCGUCUCUACAGUGCGGACGUCCGGAGAAGGCUCAAUUCACAUGGAUACGCUGAAAAAGUGCUUCGAUCUGGCAAUUAGUGCCGGUUCCUCGCUUGACAAAGCGCUGAUAAGUGCUUUGAAAGACGACGAGACAAGAAAUACCCAGGGGCUUGGCAAGCGUAAAAUUUAUGGAUUUUUGAAAUAAAGUAUAACACAAAUUCUUUUCGUCUAUCUCAUUUUUCCAAAUAUUCUGCCUUCAACAUAUGGCGU